AAUAAUUGUUGAUCAUAUAUAUCAUGUGAUAUAAUAUUAUAUUGAUAUAAUCUUACUCAUAAAAAAAAAUUGUAAACAAAUCGUCACAAACUGAUUCUACUUUUUUGGUCAUUAGAACGUUCUCUCGCCGUUUUUUUUUCGUGCAUUAUUUCCUUAUACAAAUUUUCAUUACAAAGAAACAAGAUAAUUAUUUAAAGGAAAGGACUCUACAAGCGGAUAAAAAAAUUAUAAAAAUUUUUUUUAAAAAAUAAUAUUCUUCGAUAUGAAUUUUUUUGCAAAACUUGGCGUUUGUUUCUUAGCAAUAAUUUUACUUAUCUUAUCCUUCGCUGGGCUAGCUUCUUUUUCACUAGAGGUUGCGAAGAUCGCCCUUUUUAACCAGACAAAUGGCGAAUUAAAACUACAUCCUAUGGAUUAUGUAUACCUAACCGCGCUCGUCUUAGGCAUGAGUGGUUUCUAUUGCUGCCAUUCUACUAAAAGUGAUGAAAAUAAUAAUAAUUAUCAUUAUGGAAUAAGUGGAACUCUAGUUUCCUUAGCGAUCAUGAUUUUAUAUACUAUUUUUACAAAAGAUGAAAUGGGAGAUAUUCCAUUUUUUUGUCCUGCAAAUUAUCCUUAUACGUCAACUUUAAUUCGUACCGCAUGUCAAGUAAGAGCCGCGAAUCUAUUAAUAAUGUGGAUAUCUCCUGCUGUAGCGUUCUUUUUGGUUAUUGCUGCACUCAUAAUUUCUUUUUGUUGUUGUGCUGGUAAAGACAACUGUUGCAUUGCAUAGUAAUAUAAUCUUAUAGGAGAAUUUCAUUUCAUAUUUUUCUAAUUUUUGCUUAAAACCUUUUUUCAUUAUUAUCAUGUAUAUAUAUACCUG